UCUACUAGCACUUGGCCACGCUCAUGGCCAUGGACAUUCACAUGCCAAAAUCCCGUGCACCAAACCAGGAGAACAGAACAAUAGCGAUUAUAGGUGCCGGAGUUAGCGGCUUGCUUGCCUGCAAAUACGCACUACAAAAGGGCUUCUCUCCGACAGUCUUUGAAGCUCGGAGUUCCAUCGGGGGAGUAUGGUCCAGGACUUGCGACUCUACUAAGCUGCAGACUCCCAAAAACCACUACCGCUUUUCAGAUUUUGCAUGGUCAGAUUCAGUAAAAGAGGCCUUCCCUGAUCACAACCAAGUUAGGGAGUACAUCUACUCGUACGCUCUUCACUUCAACAUCCUUCCACAUAUCAAGUUCAAUUGUAAAGUCGUCAGCGUUGAUUAUUUAUGUACAUCAUCUGAAGAGGACAUGUCUUCAUGGGAACUCUGGGCUGGCACUGGUGAGGCCUUCUCACCUAAAGGAAAAUGGCAUGUCAGCGUACAGGAUUUGCAAACCUCAGCAGAUACCACUCAGGUAUACCAAUUUGAUUUUGUAAUCUUGUGCCUUGGGAAGUUCAGUGGCCUAGCCAACAUCCCACAAUUUUCAAUGAACAAAGGGCCAGAGGUAUUUGACGGUGAAGUCAUGCACUCUAUGGACUAUGCUGCAAUGGACAAUGCAGCUGAAUUCAUCAAGAACAAGCGCGUCACAAUAGUUGGAUUCCAGAAAUCUGCAAUCGAUAUUGGAACCGAAAUUGCAAAAGUGAAUGGGGCAAAGCAUCCGUGCACAUUGCUAUUCAGGACUGCACACUGGUCAGUCCCUGAAAAUUUGGUUGAAUUCAUUUUCCGGAACCUGAAUAGAGUCUCAGAGCUUACUGUCCAUAAGCCUGAUGAAGCUUUCUUCCUGUGGCUCUUAGCUGCUCUGCUCUCACCCCUGCUAUGGAUAUAUUCAAAGGUCAUCGAGAAUUAUCUCAAGUGGCUAUACCCCCUGGCAAAAUAUGAUAUCAUUCCGGAACACGGCUUCCUCGGGCAGAUUCGUUCCUGUAUGUUGACAGUCUUGCCAGCUGACUUCUAUGAAAUAGUUAGAGAAGGUUGCCUAAUCCUGAAAAAGGCACAAACUUUCAGCUUCUGCCAAACUGGAGUAGUUGUAGAUGAUGAAGAUGUGCCCCUGGAAACGGAUAUAGUCAUCUUUGCAACGGGAUAUAAAAGCGACCAGAAAUUUGCCAGUGUUUUUAAGUCAAUCGACUUUCAGAAAUACUUGCUUGGAUCAUCAGCUCCUUUCUACAGGGAAUGCAUCCAUCCAAAGAUACCACAGUUGGCAAUAGUAGGAUACUCGGAGAGUCAUGCGACAAUAUACACCACUGAGAUAAGGGCCAAAUGGCUAGCACAUUUUCUUGAAGGAAAUUUUCGGCUCCCAACAAUAAGAGAGAUGGAACACAACGUGAUGAGAUGGGAAAAAUGCAUGCGCCGGUAUACCGAUCCAAACUUUAAAAGAGGUUGCGUUAGUGUAAUGCUACAGAUAUACUGCAAUGAUGAAAUAUGCAGGGACAUGAAUUGCAAUCCUAGACGAAAGAAAUCCAUUCUGUCUGAGCUUUUUGCACCUUAUGGUCCAUCCGACUACGCUGAUCUAAGUAGCUUGGGCAGAGAAGAAUGACUGGAAAGGAAUUUGAAACCCUUCAU